AGACGUCACGAGAUCUCACGAACGAGUACUUGCUUAACUACAAUUUUUGAUUAACCAAUCAAAGAUCGCAACAGUAAAUUGUUUUUAAUUCUAAACCAAUUGAUAACAUCGUGACAAGUGUAAAUACAGACUCCACACGUGUCGUCAGAUCUGUCAGACGCCAUAGAGGAAACAAGGAGAGGAGACUGAAUUUCAACCAUCUGCAGCAGAAGUUAAACAUAUGAAAAUGUCUGACAAAGCAGCUUUGCAUCCACAGUUUCGCUCCAAAGAAGUUUUCUUUCUAGAUUGUCAAAAUUGUGAAAAUACCGUCUGUCGCCGGGCUAUGGAAUCUGUGUUAGUGGCCGAUUCGGAAAUCAAAUUGUUUUCAACCGACUGUCCGGAAAAAAGCGCUGUUGACCUGACGGGUGAGAGGUUGGAGACUGAUACCUGCGAAUGUCAGCUGGAGAAUGUGGCCUGUAUCUGCUGUGGGAGUGUGGUGGGUUACAAUGUGAGGCUUCCCUGUAAAACAUGUUUACAGUCCUGUAACAAUGGACACCUGUGGAUGUUUUACACAGACAAGAUCACACCAUAUGAAAGAUUUGACAAGAAAGGAGAUGAAGUUUUGCUGUGGGGAAACAUUCCUGAAGCUUCUCACGACCAUGCUCUCGAUUUUCUCAUUGAUGAGUGCCUUCGUUAGACCACCAACCUCUCACGACCAUGCUCUCAAUUUUCGCAUUGAUGAGUGCCUUCGUCAGACUGGCCCACAGCUUCGGUCAACUUUGUGAAUAUUUACUGACCUUGUGCAUACGUUACAUUGUUAAUUUAUUAAUUUUACAAGCGCUCAAUCAACUAUAUGCCCUCCAUACUGUUACAAGCUGCAGGAAAUCAAGUGGGUGUUAUGUAUCAAAAGAUUAUUAGAUGAAAUCUGCAGGAUUUAUCUGCCCUUUGAGCUGAGCAGUUUGUGCAAUAUAUUAUAUGUUAACUGCCCUGGUUUGUGUUGACAGGUGAAUAACAAUAGAUGUCAUAAAGCAACUGUAGGAAAAUGUUGAUGUAUGUAUCAUAUACAUGUAUUAACUGUGGUUUGUGUGGAAUGACAAUAGAUUUCAUAUAGCAGCCGUAGUUAAAUGUUGAUAACAUUUAAUGGCUGACAAAAUCUGUGAUAUUGUGAAUAGUUAUCUAUUUGUUUUUGUACUUGUCUACUGGUAGAGAAUUUAUGAUGCUUUAUUUGCUCACGGGAGAUGAGAAAUUAAAGAGUAUUUACUGUGCGGCUUUUCUUAACAUGAUUCCAUUGUAUACUGCAAUAUUUUCUUGUAAUGUUUAAUGAAAUGUACAUUAUAAGUUUAACAUUUUGUUUUGUUGUUGUAGAGCUAUAACAUGUUCAUAGUAUUAAAACAUAAAUUUGAAGAUGGA